AUGUCUGCUGUACGCUGUCCCGUUCCCGGUUGCGCCUGGGAGAACUCCCUAAAGCGAGUUCUGGCGCACAUUCGCAGUUUUCAUGAUGUCGAUCAGUGUCCAGAGGAGUUUAUUCGGGAGUAUGACCUGCAACAAUGUCCAAGAUGUCGUAAGUGGUAUUUGAAGCUACAACAGCAUCUCUCAAGUUCCACGUGUUCAACCGUUGGGAAAGAUCUAGAUGACGUAACAGGAAAUGUUGGGAAUGACGAUGUAACAGGUGAUGGUGAAGUAGGCAGAGUUACAGGUAAAGGCAACGUUUCGGAUCUAUUGUCUGAGCUACGUUUGGCUUCUAGUGUCAUGUCUGAUGACAGAAGCCGGAAUCUACAUGAUAUUGAGCGCGAGGCGUGGUUUGUGGUUGAGUCUCUCCCCGUUGCGGAUAUCCUCAAUUCUUUGCCACCACAGACUAUCCUGAAUAUUCCACGAUCUUUACGACCAAUGUUUCAAGAGUGUUGCAACAUUUCGCUACAGAAGAUUGAUGAAGACCCCUCUAGUGAUGUGGGUUGGAAACUCUUGUUUUUGUUACCUAGAAUCUUACUAAAACCUCACGUGAGAGGCGGCAAGGUAGGAUACAAGGAAGUGAAGGCCCGUUAUCAAAGUUUUCUGAAUUUUCGCUGGGAUGAGCUAAUUGAGUUGAACACACCAACAAACAGGAAGUCAGAAAAUAAAUCAAUGACUGAUGAGAACAAGAGAAAAGUAGCUGUAAAGUUGGCCCAAGUAGGUGAGAUUUCCAAAGCAGCUAAGUUUCUUACAAGCAAUGGUUUGGCCCCAGAAACAAGUGAGGUUCUUCAAAAAUUGAAAUCUAAACACCCUGAGGGACUCAUUAAUCCUAACGAGAUUCCUGAUGUAUUGUCUUCUUCGAGUCCAACAUUUCUUGACAGAUCUGUUUUCAUCAACGCUAUCAAAAAUGCUCCAAAAGCUUCUGGGUGUGGACCCUCUGGAUGGAGAUACGAACAUGUUCGAAUUCUCCUGGAUAAUGACAUCACCACAGAUCUACUGUUUCAGACUUGUAAUCACAUAUUUUCAGGAGAUGUGCCACCCAACGUAGUUCCUUUGCUUUCAGCCUCUAAACUCAUAGCAAUACCUAAACAUGGGAAUGAUGUGAGGCCAAUCGCUGUAGGGGAAGUUUUUCGACGACUUACUGCCAAGACUAUUUGUCAACAGAAGUCACCUGAGUUUGCUUCAUAUUUCUCCCCUAUACAGCACGGCAUUGCGACACCUGGAGGAGCUGAGCUGCUUACACACCAUAUUCAGAUCUUAUUGGAGCAAAAUCCUGAUUGGUCAAUCCUUAAAACAGAUGUCAGGAAUGCCUUCAAUUCUGUUUCAAGGGAACGACUUCUUCAGCAAAUUGCUAAAGACUUUCCUGAUAUCUAUCCUCAUGUCAAGCAGUUGUACGGGGAAUCAAGCAAGCUGAUAUACGUCACUGACAAGGGAGUUGAGUUAUUAACAUCAAGUGAAGGAGUUCAUCAAGGAGACCCUUUGGGACCUGCUCUUUUCUCAGCUACUAUCCAUCCUAUUUUAUGUGAGGUGAUCAAGAGACAUGAGGGUGUUACUAUGCUGGCAUAUCUAGAUGACAUCUAUGUGGUAGGUCCAGUCAAUAGUCUUCGAAAUAUUUUGGAUGAUUUGAAGUCUUCCCUGUCCACGUUGCAUUUGGAAAUUUUAGACAGAAAGUGUGAGUUGUUUUGUCCCUCUGGUAAUGUCUGUAAUUUUCCAACUCCAGUUACCUCUGAUGGCACUAUUAUACUAGGCACACCAGUAGGAAAACCUGAAUUUGUUCGUUCUCAAUGUGCUGACAUUGCCAAGGGUGGGAAGGAACUUUGCCGUGAAUUGGCCCUGCUGAAUAAUCGGCAAAUCUCCAUGCUGAUUCUACGACACUGUCAUGUGCCUAGAUUGAACUACUUGGCAAGGCAAGUAUUUCCUCGUGAUCUAGAACUGGCAGCAGUCAUCCAUGACAAAAUGACUAGAUCUUCAUUUGUGGACAUCAUUGGUUUCAAUCAUUUGAAUGAUACAGCCUGGAAACAAGCGACUCUAAAGCUGAAGAAUGGAGGCUUUGGUUUAACACAGAUUGGACAAAUUUCUCAUGCUGCUUUUGUGUCUUCUUGGUGUCAAUCAAUGAAAGAAUUGCCAUCUCGUUUCUUAUGUAUGACUGACUUGGUUGAUUAUCUUACUUCUUCUAAAGAAAAGUCGGGGUCGAUUGGCUCAGAAGUAAUUUCUAGCUUUUCCGACUUGCCACCAUUGUCCAAGUCAGCUGACAAUGAUGAAGAUUUUCAAACACUUGAUGACAUCAUCGCUUAUCCUAAGAAACUGCAGCACCGUCUUUGUACUGAGAUAAACGAAAUUAAUGUGUCUGAACUCAUUGCUCAGGCUCCUUCUGAUAAAGAUGCGGCAAGGCUGCGGUCAUUGCAAGGUCGUGGAGCCGGAGAUUGGUUAGAUGCCAUUCCUACUUCUGAUAGGCACGCACUUAAAACAAACGACUUUUCUAUAGCGUCCUAUUUGAGGUUGGGAUUGGCUUUACCGUUUACCAAGUGGGUGAAAGUGUGUGACUGUGCACAACAACUGGAUCAACAAGGAUACCACCUACUAACAUGCGGUCGACUACAAGACUGGUAUCUGGAAAGCGCUGUGGCAACUGUGACAGAGAAUGAGCCCAAGAUGAUACAAAGACAAACGCUGAUGUGGAUGAGAGCGAAGUCAUACCAAAACCUCCAUAUCUGA